CAAGAUAUUUGGAAAUAUUCCAAAUACUUAUCUGCAUCAAAUGGUAAUUCAAAUGUCUGUUCUUCCUCUAGAUCAAAAAAGACUAAUAGGCAAAAGCAGCAACAAUCACAGCCGCAACCACAACAACAUAAUGAAGAAAUCAAGUAUGUAGGAGUGAGGCGGAGGCCGUGGGGAAGAUAUGCAGCUGAAAUAAGAAACCCUACUACAAAAGAGAGGUAUUGGCUAGGUACUUUUGAUACGGCCGAGGAGGCUGCAUUGGCCUAUGAUAGAGCUGCACGGUCCAUAAGAGGCUUGACUGCUAAGACCAACUUUGUCUAUUCCGAUAUGCCUCGUGGCUCCUCAGUAACUUCCUUCAUCUCUCCUGAUGAAUCCCAACGUUUCAUUUCCGAGUUAUUCAACCAUUCUUUUCAACCAGAAGCUCCUAACAAUAUCACCACCAACAAUCUCUAUUCAUCGACCAACACCGAAAACCAAAACUCUAAUGAGUUCUCAUACAAUGGGUGGCCACAUGAGUCCGAAUGUGAUUAUCAAUCUAUAAACACUAAUGAUGAGCAUUGUGAUCAUGAGCUUCCACCUCUUCCUCCAAGUACUUGUUUUGGAGCUGAACUUACUUAUCCAGAGACCGAUAGCUAUUGGAAUGUGGCGAAUACUAGUAUGGAUUAUUUCUUUGAACUUGAUGCCUUUGUGGAUCAAAACAGUCUUGUUGAGAGUGGAACUGAAGGGUUUGACUCUUCAUCCACCACAUUCUUCUACCAAUAAUAGCGAGAUGUCCAAGUUUGCGACUUUCGUCGUUGGUAUUUAAUAUCCUUUUGUUUUUUACAAUCAUUUUGCUUCUAUUAUGGACUGGACUGAAAUAUAUCAAGUCUCUCUCUCUCUCUCAAAAUUCGACUGUUUUUUUUUGUUAUUGUGGCUUAUCAAAUGCAAGAUUCUCUUCAUCGCUUGUUAGUUAUUGUAAGUUUGUGACUGCGAGGAAAAUUGCAUUAUUGCUUCAAAGUAUCUUUCUGUUUCGGUCUAUAACUUUAUUUAACUGGUGGCAGUGAUAAUAAAGAGUAAAGAGCGUAGUUCCAAUCUGUAUAUUUUCUUUUUAGUUCCAAUCUAUAUAUUAUACACAUUUCGAACUUGCAAUCUUUGAGAAAUAUUUUGUGGAGAACAUGCACUUACUAACCUUAACUUUCAACUUUAAUGAUUACAUCACACCUUUAUGACUUGAUGGUUUUGCGAUUUAGAACUACGCUUCAUGGAAUCAGUAGUUUACUUUCAUCAGUUAUCGAUAUCACCUAACUUUAUCUGAAAACACAUUUCUAUUUAUAUUUGGCCGUUUGGUAUGCGAUUGCAGAGCCGUGCGAAGGUUUAUUGAUGCCAUAAUAAGCCAAUUUUUUUUUUUGGUCAAGCGAAAUAUGUUUACAGUUUUUUUUUUUACAAUAUUGUUUUGCACUUAAAUAAUAAUAGAUAAAGAGAAACUACUUCUAAUAAUUUUUUAAUAGGGAUUUUGAUUGAUGGACAAUAUGUUUUCUAUCAAAUAUAAAAAAUUAGCAUUAAGACAGAAAAAAGUUUGAGGUGCAAUAUAAUUAAUUAACUAGAUUUUGACCCGCACAUUCGUGCGGAUAUUUUUCAUCUUAUGAAUGUAUACUUUUGAUUUAUUAUAAACAUUUUAAGUAUAUAAUUUUAAUUUUAGUGUUAUAUAUUGUGAAUAUAAACCUAUUACUGUAGUAAAUUGUAUACAUGGUAGCAUCCAUCAUAUUAUUUUAGUAAAUUUUAUUGAUAUAGAAUAUUUUUUGGAUGUUAUGAUAUUAAUUUUUUUUGUUAUUAAAUUAAGACUUCAAAAUAUUAGAUUACUUUAAUUUUUAUAACAUAGUUUGUUUUUCCGUGUAACAUUUCAAGAAGUUAUUCUUUAUUAUCUAUGAUUAUACCUUUUGAAAAAUUUAAAACAUUAUCAUUUUAAGUUUGCAUACUUAUUUUUUUAAAUUUUAUAUUUUGUCAAAAUUGUUUAGAAAAUUAUACAACUAUAUUUGAGGUGGGAGAUUAUAUGAUUUUUGAAAUUGUUUUGUUAUUAAAUAAAUACAUUAUUUUAUAUAAAUAAUUUUAAUUUCGGUAAGAUUUUUAUACAUCUCUCAGAAUAUGUUUAUAAUUAAUAUAAAUAUUAAAUUUAUAAUUAAAAUUUGAUUUGUCAUUAAAAUUUUGAAUGAAUAAUUAAAAUUCUAUAGUUUUCUAAUAACAUAUUUUUAAAUAGUAUAUGAACUAAAGGUUAGUUAUAAACUAUUAUAUUUUUGUAUAUUAUUAUUUUUUAAACAAUAUAUUGUUGAGAGUUUCAAAAUAAAAAAAUAAGUUGUU